AUGACAACGUUCUGCAAAAGCUCGUUUUUCAAAUUUUUGUGCACCCUUGCCAUCGUCGCAAACACGGUGUACCUGGGAAUUGCUGCAGACAUGUCCGUGAAGAACAGCUAUUUGAACGUUUCGGGGCAAGUGCCCGGCCAGCUGGAUCGUACUCCGGAGUAUGUCUUCACCGUGUGGUUCGCCUUGGAGAUGGUGGUGAAGGCGCUUGGACAGGGCUGGGACUUUUUCCUGGGCCCGUCGCGGCAAUGGAACCUGUUCGACGUGAUCCUGGACAGCAUGCUCAACUUGUCCUUUCUCCGUGUCUUCCGGGUGUUUCGCCUGGUCCGUGUGGUGCGACUGGUGCGAACCGUGCGGAGCCUGAAGAGUCUGCGAACCAUGCUCUUCUCAAUUAUCACCUCGAUGACGGCCCUCUUCUGGGCCUUUGUCAUGUUGUUGCUGACCAUGUUCAUGUUCAGCAUUAUUUUUUGCAAUGGCGUGGCCUACUACUUCCAAUUCAUGGAUCCGAACAACACUAGACAGGUGGAGAAUUCGGAUCUGGUCUUUGAAUUCUUUGGCGGCGUCUACUUGACCUUGGUGAGUUUGUUCUCUGCGAUCAGUGGGGGGGAACGACUGGAUGUUCUAUGGAAUGAUGAUCCGGGAUGGGCCAGGUGA